ACAUUAAAAAGGAGGAAGCACACGGACAGAAAGGUUGCAUACAGUAGUUUUUUUGUGCGAAACUCUUGGCAUCAAUAAGGAAGUGCAGUGCGUAAUAGGGCGUUUGUUGCUGUUCCACGCAGACGCAUGGCGCUGGAACAUUCUCAUCAUCUGAAGAUGCCUCCUAAAAGAGUGUUUCCCAGGCAGGAGUCGCUCCUGCUCCCCGCCGUCGUCAAUCCAUUCAGCCUGGACUUUAAACUGACUAAAAGCGACAAAAUCAAAUGUUUUUUUCUGGGAAUCAUCCUCGUGCCACUGCGCUGUGUCAUCCUCUUCCUGGUUCUUAUGGUAGCAUGGCUCGUUUCUUCCAUAAUUACGUUCAAGCGUCCUCUCAAAGGAGAGGUGGAACCUUUUACAGGAUGGAGGAGAUUUAUGUGUCACAAAGUGAUGGUGGUUUUGGGUCGGCUGUGUUUCUUUGCGAUGGGCUUUCGAGUCAUAGUCAAGGGGAAGCCGGCAACCAACAGAGAUGCUCCGAUUCUGGCUGUGGCUCCUCAUUCUUCGUUCUUUGACUCUAUCGCUUGCAUCGUAGCAGGCAUGCCAUCUGUGGUGUCCCGCACUGAGAAUCUACUUCCUCUCAUGUUUGGACGAUUUCUGCGCUGCCUGCAACCUGUCGUUGUUUCACGGGAAGACCCAGACUCACGCAAAACCACAAUCACACAAAUCACCAACCGGGCCAGAUCUGAAGGCCACUGGCCACAGCUGCUGAUUUUCCCAGAAGGAACAUGUACAAACAGAUCUUGUCUCAUUACUUUCAAACAAGGUGCUUUCUUACCAGGGGUCCCUGUUCAACCAGUGCUUAUCAGGUACCCCAAUAAACUGGACACAGUAACAUGGACAUGGCAAGGUCCUGCAUUCCGGACGCUGGUUCUCCUCACCUUGUGUCAGUUCUAUACAACGGUGGAAAUUGAGUUCCUUCCUCCAUAUAUUCCCAAUGAAGAAGAGAAAAGUAACCCCAUAAAAUUUGCACAGUCUGUGAGGAGUCAAAUGGCGAAGGCUCUAGGCGUACCUGAAACAGAUCACACUUUUGAGGACUGUCGUCUGAUGAUCUCAGCAGGGCAGUUGACUCUACCCAUGGAGGCAGGGCUAGUGGAGUUCACCAAGAUCAGCAGAAAGCUUAGUCUGAAAUGGGACAACAUGCAUAAGGAACUGGAGAAUUUUGCUGCCAUCGCCAAGUCGUGCAAAGGUGGUCGAAUCAGGAUCGAGGAGUUUGCUACUUUUCUCAAGUUGCCCAUCAGCCCUGUGCUUCAGGAGCUCUUUGCUCUUUUUGACAGGGACGGUGAUGGCACCAUUGAUUUUAGAGAAUAUGUCAUUGGUAUGACAGUACUAUGUCGACCGGCAAACACAGAAGAAGUCAUCCAGACAGCAUUUAAGCUUUUUGAUGUAGACGAUGACAACAGCAUCACUCGUGAUGAGUUUGUAAGUCUGCUGCGCACCACUCUCGGGGUCUGCGAUCUUGACGUCACCAACCUCUUCAAUGAGAUUGACAUCGAUAAAUCAGAUCGUAUCACAUACGACGAGUUCCUUGCUUUCGCUUACACCCACCCUGAGUAUGCUAAACUCUUCACAACAUACAUUGAGCUCCAACGCUACCAGUGCGGAACAGAAAUGGGAGAAGGACUCAUCUCACACCUCACUUCCUCCUCAACGCUUCCUUCCAGUGACCAACAGGAAGAGUGUAAUGCAGACAAGAAAGAUGACUAAGCUCCUUACAUCAGUUCAAGAGCAAAGCCAUAUCUAUUACACUGUGAGGCGAAGCAGAUUUCUGAUAGAAAUCAUUGGCCUUUUUUUCUGUGAUUUCGUGUGCCUUUGCAGCAUCCAAAAAGCAAUUACAAAAGCAAUUGGAUUUGGUAUGAAUUAAUAAAUAUUUGAGUAUUUGUUUUUUAUGUUA